AUGGGUUUCAAGACUAUACACCACAAGUUUUUUGAGUGCAACUCAGGUGCCUUCUCCUGUUACCUUCAGAUGUUUUGCCAUUCAUUUCCAAAUAUAAUGGAUGGGAAGAAACUAGAGUACAAAGGUGAGGAGGCAUUAAAGGAGCUGGAGACCUUAACAGCGAGAGCUGAUGAGGUUCAAGAGUGUCUUUUAGAAGACAUACUAACAAGGAAUAGGAAGACUGAGUAUCUGCAUAACUACUUGUUGGGAUCCAAAAGUGUAACAGAGUUUAAGCGUUGUGUACCAGUUAUCACAUAUAAGGGCAUUCGUUCUUAUAUUCAGAGGAUCGGUAAUGGUGAAGAUUCUUCUCUUAUUACCGGUCACCCCAUCACUGAGAUGCUAUGCAGCUCCGGAACGUCUGCUGGAGAACCUAAGCUGAUGCCAUCAAUUGCAGAAGAUCUAGAUCGUCGAACCUUUCUAUAUAACCUCAUCAUGCCGAUAAUGAACCAAUAUGUCCCCGGUCUGGAUGAGGGUAAGGCUAUGUACCUCUGCUUUGUCAAGGCAGAAAUGUCCACUCCUUGUGGCUUACCUGCUCGGGCUGUUCUAACCAGCUACUACAAGAGCAGGCACUUCAAAUGCCGCUCAAGAGACCCCUACAACGAUUUCACCAGCCCCGACGAAGCCAUUUUGUGCGAGGAUAGUCAUCAAAGCAUGUACUGCCAGUUGCUCGCCGGCCUCCUCCACCGCUACCAAGUCCUCCGCCUCGGAGCCGUCUUUGCCUCCGCUCUUCUCCGCUCCAUCUCCUUCCUCGAACACCACUGGAUCACCCUCUGCAACGAUAUCCGGUCUGGCCAUUUGGACCCAUGA